CUGUUGUUUGAAAAUUUGAAUUAAAAUGGCAAGCAAAAGCAAGAUCCUAAUUGUUGGAGGCACUGGGUAUAUUGGCAAGUUCAUUGUGGAGGCGAGUGCUAAGGCUGGAAAUCCCACAUAUGCUCUUGUUCGAGAUUCUACUCUUUCUGAUCCUGCAAAGUCGCAAAUUAUCAAUAAUUUCAAGAACUUAGGAGUCAAAUUAGUCUCUGGUGAUCUCUAUAACCACGACAGUUUGGUUAAGGCCAUAAAAGAGGUGGAUGUUGUAAUUUCUACGGUUGGUGCUGGUCAAUUAGCAGAUCAAGAGAAGCUCAUUGCUGCCAUCAAAGAAGCUGGGAAUGUUAAGAGAUUUCUUCCAUCAGAAUUUGGAAAUGAUGUUGAUCGUGGACAUGCUGUUGAGCCAGCAAAAUCAGCUUUUACUGUGAAGGUUCAAAUCCGUCGAGCUGUGGAGGCUGCAAAAAUUCCCUACACUUAUGUUUCUUCCAAUUUUUUUGCUAGUUACUUCCUUCCUAGUUUGUCUCAACCAGGAGCCACCACCCCACCAAGAGAUAAAGUUGUCAUCUUAGGAGAUGGAAAUCCUAAAUCUAUCUUCAACAAGGAAGAUGACAUUGGAACUUACACUAUCAAAGCUGUGGAUGAUCCAAGAACUUUGAACAAAAUUCUCUACAUUAGGCCUUCUGGUAACACCUACUCUUUCAAUGAUCUCGUGUCUCUUUGGGAGAAAAAAAUUGGAAAAAAUCUUGAAAGAAUCUAUGUUCCAGAAGAACAAGUGUUGAAGAACAUCCAAGAGGCUCCAGUUCCGCUGAACAUAAUAAUAUCAAUUUCUCACUCAGCAUUUGUGAAGGGAGAUCAUACCAACUUUGAUAUUGAGCCAUCAUUUGGAGUGGAAGCCACACAAUUGUAUCCAGAUGUUAAAUACACAACUGUGGAUGAAUUCCUCAAUCAAUUUGUUUGAAUCAUAUUGCACUUCUUCUUCAUAUAAAAUAAUGAAUAUAAGUGAUAUAUAUAAUACAUAUUAGCUUUGGAAUUCCCUUUUUCUCUAUGUAAUAUUAGUACGUGUGACAUGAAUUUAAUCUGUUCUAAUUUAACUUAUUUUGUUUUCUAA